AUGGGGGCUUGCGUUGGGUCUUCUUUUGAUAAGGCGAGCCGUUCUGAAUGGACAGUGGACGUUAUUGGCACUGACGAGUUUUAUCGGCUCCCUGGUAACCAAUUAGUUGAGCUGAUUUCGAGUGAAGAACUUCAGGUGCCGUCACAAGAACAGGUUUUUGAGGCAGUUGUUGACUGGGUCAGGUUCGAUCUACCGGCUCGGCAGCAAUUAUUGCCACAGGUGAUGACUGUAUUCCUUGUCGAUGUUCGGCGUCCCAUUACACUCUACUUUGCAGUUGCUCGAGCAUGUGCGGCUUCAGCUUUGCGACCCUAA